AUGAGAUUUAUUAUCCAGCGAGCAACUCGGGCAUCUGUCUCAGUAAUAAAUGAAUCUGUCUCAGAAUUGGUGAGGAGAUGAUCAACAUUGAUGGGGAUGCAGAUUUCAGAGAUCGGAAAAGGAAUCUGUGUGCUGGUUGGGAUUGCUGAAGGAGAUACUGACGUUGAUAUUGAAUAUGGAGUACGGAAGUUGAUGAAUCUUCGUUUAUUCGACAAUCCUGAGAGUGGAAAACGAUGGGACAAAAGUGUGAAGGACUUGGAUCUUGAAAUUCUCUGUGUCAGUCAGGUAAGGGUUCUUUGUAAUGGGUAAUCCUUUUUUUAGUUUACUCUUCACGCGGUAUUGAAAGGAAAUAAGCUCGACUUUCAUCGGGCGAUGAAUCCAACAGAAGCACCAAAAUUUUAUGAAAAGUUUUUGAAUCAACUCAAGUCCAGUUAUAAAAUAGAUAAGGUCAAGGUAGUAAAAGCUUCGGUUUUUUACAUUAUUUAUUUAGGAUGGUCGUUUUGGAGCUCAUAUGAAUGUAUCCAUUGAAAACGAUGGCCCUGUCACCAUAAAUCUGGAUUCCAAGGACAAAUAA